UUUUGUGCAAAUAUCGACUUUCUGAGAUAUUUAUUUAUUUAUUUAUUUCUCAUUAUAUAAAGUUUCUAAAUCGUAGCAAAAAUAGAUCUGUUACAAAGAAAAGUACAGGAGCAAAGACAUUUGCACGCUGUUAUCGAAGAAAAGAGUAGACCUAUUUCCAUUAAGAACUGGCCCGUCCUCAUCACUAAGCAGUCUUUGUAUCCUUUCAUCUAUGUCAUUUUCUAAAAAUCGAUACGAUCGAUCAAGAAAGGAACGAUCCGUUUCACCUCCAAGGCAUAGGAAUUACGCACAUAGAGUCCGUAAGACAAGGCAGUCGGAGGAGAAUGACGAAAAUGGCGACGAAUACGAUACACCUAGAAUUCGUGAAUCCAGAGAAAAAGCAUUUCUGAAACAGCAAAAACUUCUGAAAGCCAUUAUAAGAGUGAAAGAAGAUCGAGCUGGUCCCUUUGAAAAGCUUUUGGUAAGCUUCUCUUUGCUUUCACAGCAAGACAAUGAAUCUUGGAUUCAUAACGGAAGCAUAGAUUUCACUGGUUUGGAUAUGUUUGAUCCAAUAUUUGUGAUCAAGCUUGCGCCAGUUGAAGAAUUAAAUCUUCUUUUAAAAAACAUACCGGAAAUUUUGUCAUUAACGGAUGAUGCUACAGGCGUAAACUUUUGGAAGUAUGUAUCCCAAUUGGUCAAUUCGUUCUUAGAACAUGAUCAAUACGGAAAUGCUUCAAGAAGCUUGAAAACGGUUGCCAAAGACAUUCAAAAAAUCCUGGCCCCGAAAACUUUUGAGCAGUUGGUAAAUUUGGAAAAGCAAGUACAUGCGAAACUCCAGAAUAGAGAACCAAUAGACACGGAUUAUUGGGAGGAUUUACUCAAGUCGAUACACUCUUACAAAGCAGCAGCAUAUUUACGCAAGUUAUUUUCCCAGCCGCUACAAUUACGGAAGCAGGAAAUGGCUCAACAAGAAAUGGAAAAGGCGAUUUCUGAUGUAAAUUUCUUAUACAAACGCCAACAACUUACGCCUACUUCGAAACCUUAUAAAAUACCCAUUGAUCCCGAUCCAAUUUUUCGAAUUGAUCCCGUUCCCAAAACGACGCAACCUAUUGAGCAAAAUGACUAUGAAGAAAAUUUGUCCGAAAGAUCCGAGAUUAUUAGAAACAGCAUCUAUAUUCCUACAUCGUUUCUCAUUAAGAAGCAAAGCAGACAGCCUCACAAGUACUUGAUACCUGACACCGAAGAAGAGUUUUAUAAUACUGUAAGUGGAAGGCUCGAACGUGAAUACCUUAAAGCUGGAGGCGAAGAAGAACAAGAAAUGUCUGGUGACUUUGUUGAGGGACCAGUAAGAGCCAUUAGUGAAGAUGGAAUUCCGUUAAAAAAGCCCAAGUAUUUUAAUAGGGUCAUGUUAGGUUUCGAGUGGAAUUCGUAUAACCAAGCACAUUAUAAUGAAGCGCAUCCACCACCAAAAGCCGUACAGGGCUACCGGUUCAACAUUUUUUAUCCUGACUUGAUUGGCAGUGACCGGUCACCUACUUAUAAGAUUGAACGUGGGCCAAGAGUUGACAAAGAGUCAGCAAUGACACAGGAUAAUGUUUGCAUAAUACGAUUUAUUGCAGGGAUACCUUACCAAGAUAUCGCUUUUUGCAUUGUGGAUAAGGAAUGGGACUAUAGCGCCAAGCGUGAACGAGGGUUUAAGAGCAGUUUUGAUAAUGGUGUUUUAUCACUACAUUUUCAGUUUAAAAAAACACAUCAUAAGCGUUGAUGUUCGGUUGGUUCAUAUGUCGUUACACGAGUUGAACCAACAUUAAUGUUUUUACAGUGCGGUGGAUAUGACUAAAAGGUGAAAACCGUAUUGAUUGCUAGAAAUUAAACAAAAUGUAGCUAAUAAAAAAGAACAUUUGCUUAAUUAGAAAGAGGAG